UGACGCCCCCGAACCCAGCUGCAGAAGCUGCCGCCACCUCCAAUGCACAAGGUGUCUCAUCUGAAAAGAAAACUGAGCCCCAGGGAGGAGGCGCUGAGCGACCCUGGCAGAGCUGGCGCGAACGGGGCGAGGGGUCGCUGGGCAGCGCUGGAGGACAGAGGGAGCUCGGCCACAGAAGACCCCAGCGAUCUGAUCCUGGGAUCCCGGCUCCAAGCUCUCCUCGCAUUUUACAGAUUUCACCCCCGCGACUAUCUCCCCAAAACGGAGUCUUUAUAUCAAGAUAAGGUGCCGGAGCUGGGGCAACCAGGACUUUCCCGGGCACCCAAGAUGCGCUCCAUUAGGAAGAGGUGGACGAUCUGCACAAUAAGUCUGCUCCUGAUCUUUUAUAAGACAAAAGAAAUAGCAAGAACUGAGGAGCACCAGGAGACGCAACUCAUCGGAGAUGGUGAAUUGUCUUUGAGUCGGUCACUUGUCAAUAGCUCUGAUAAAAUCAUUCGAAAGGCUGGCUCUUCAAUAUUCCAGCACAAUGUAGAAGGUUGGAAAAUCAACUUCUCUUUGGUCCUAGAGAUAAGGAAGAACAUACUUCGUUUCUUAGAUGCAGAACGAGAUGUCUCAGUGGUCAAGAGCAGUUUUAAGCCUGGUGAUGUCAUACACUAUGUGCUUGAUAGGCGCCGGACAUUAAAUAUUUCUCAUGAUCUACAUAGCCUCCUACCUGAAGUUUCACCAAUGAAGAAUCGCAGGUUUAAGACCUGUGCUGUUGUUGGAAAUUCUGGCAUUCUGCUAGACAGUGAAUGUGGAAAGGAGAUUGACAGUCACAAUUUUGUAAUAAGGUGUAAUCUAGCUCCUGUGGUGGAAUUUGCUGCAGAUGUGGGAACUAAAUCAGAUUUUAUUACCAUGAAUCCAUCAGUUGUACAAAGAGCAUUUGGAGGCUUUCGGAAUGAGAGUGACAGAGAAAAAUUUGUGCAUAGACUUUCCAUGCUGAAUGACAGUGUCCUUUGGAUUCCUGCUUUCAUGGUCAAAGGAGGAGAGAAGCACGUGGAGUGGGUUAAUGCAUUAAUCCUAAAGAAUAAACUGAAAGUGCGAACUGCCUAUCCAUCAUUGAGACUUAUUCAUGCUGUCAGAGGUUACUGGCUGACCAACAAAGUUCCUAUCAAAAGACCCAGCACAGGUCUCCUCAUGUAUACACUUGCCACAAGAUUCUGUGAUGAAAUUCACCUGUAUGGAUUCUGGCCAUUCCCUAAGGAUUUAAAUGGAAAAGCAGUCAAAUAUCAUUAUUAUGAUGACUUAAAAUAUAGGUACUUUUCCAAUGCAAGCCCUCACAGAAUGCCAUUGGAAUUCAAAACAUUAAAUGUGCUACAUAAUAGAGGAGCUCUAAAACUGACAACAGGAAAGUGUGUAAAGCAAUAAAGCACAUUUUGAAACAAACAAUAUGCACUUCUUUUCUGAAGAUGCUUCCGGAGUUUUGAAAAUAGGAUCCAAAACACGGCUGGGUUUCAGCAUCCACCAAUUAACUGAAAGGUGAAUAGAGGACGUUCAUGAGAAAUCGACUACCAGCUGAUGAAAUACCUGCAAAGUGCUCUAAAAAUUAAAUAUUUUGACUUCAAGGGUCCUAGUAAGUGCCACUUCCACUAAGAAUACAGUUUGAAUGUAUAAUCAGUAGUGUUUACAAGAUCCAACAGUGCACUCAUCAUUAGUUAAUAAAGCAAAUAUGUUUAUCACUGUCAGGCUGCCCACAGCAAUGCCAAGCACAUUAGAAGAGGAACCCCAGGAACAUAACUCAGACCUUGGGAAAUUAAACCAUCCUUAUCAGCAGAAACCAAGAUGGAAGCAGUUUGAGCAAUGAAAUCCAUAAGAUUAAACAACUCAAGUAAAUGCCUUCAGUCAGGACUCUGAGUCUGAUCAUGAAUUUUAUGUUUUAACUUAUGUUUUUGUUUGUCUUCUGGAAUCUCUUUUGUUUUGGGUAUUGGGGUGCUUAGAAAUCCUUUCUGAGAUACAUAUGAAUGAGGAAAGAAACUUUAAGUUAUUAUUUUUAAAGUUCUUAUACUUUUUAAAAGCUAUCACACAAAGAUUUUUUUUUUUUUUUUUUUUUUUUUUUUGAGAUGGAGUCU